AUGGAAAAGAUAAAAAUCCCGACAGGGAGAUACGAUGGGACAACGGAUCUGGAGGAUCACUGCACCACAUUCGAACAACACAUGAUGCUGUACACAGAUUCUGACGCCAUGUGGUGCAAGGUAUUCCCGUCCACACUCUUAGGAGUUGCAGCAAGCUGGUAUAAGGGCAUAGAGGCACACUCCAUUUACAGUUUUCGACAGCUGCAGGCGUCAUUUUUGUCACGAUUUGUGAGCAAACAGAAGAGAAAGAAAUCGUCGGGAGAGUUAAUGUCGUUCUCUCAAAGAGAUAGAGAGCCAUUAAGAGAUUACCUCACCCGCUUUAACAACGAAUCAAUCACUAUUCCCAACCUACAGCAGGAGGUUGCGGUUCUGGCUCUGAUGAGAGGAAUGUAA